UGGUUUUUCUUUAAGGGAGAACACUGGUUGAUUUCAGAAAUUUAUUAGUUUUACUUGAGGUUUUCUCAGGAAAGAAACUGUGGCUUGAGCACAUGUGAUCUUGUUAGGAUGUUUACAGCAAAAUGAAAUUAUUGUAUUUCCUUGCGAUGGUGAGGACAACUGUGCUUUACACUUCAGCCUUGGAUGUAAAUGUAUUGUAAUGGGAAUAUGGGUUUUCUUAGGUUCCAUUUUUUUUUAUAGGUUGAUUGUUUCCAUUUGAAGAUGAAGAAAUUGGCAUACAGAGGUGAUGGCUUAAGAAUCAAUGACGACGGUCCAUAAAAAACAAAAACAGUCCGUGAUCCAGAGCGGACAAUAUCUUGAAUGUGUUUGGCUGGGAAUUUCUUUUAUCGCCAAAGAAAGGUGUUUAGAAUUUCAAAGCACUGUAAGCUUCUUUAUGGCAAUCUGUGCCAGUUUCUGAUCCACUCAUUGCAAGACUCAUUAUUUAAUGGUGUAUUUGGUUUCUGGGUACUAAAACUCAUGGUUGCAGAAUCUGCACUGCUUUGGUGUUAAUGCAGAUGCUCAUAACUUCAAUGCACUGUAUUGCUUAUACAUUUACAUUGUGUUGUCUAUAGUCUUAUUUUUCUGAGUUGCUUGAAGACUCCUGCAGUAGAGAUGAGAACUCGAAAAGGCGUAUAAGAUUAUCAGUCUAUGCCCGCUAAGCCCUGUGGUUUGAACCUGUGACUUCUAAGUUGCGGAGAAGCUGUUCCAUCUGCAUUGAGAGCAAAGUAAUGGCAAAGCUGUAGGCUUUUUAUUCACUAUCAGAUCAUUUUGAUAGUUGAAAUGGCAAAGCAAGGUCACUGGCUUUAUCAUCUUCUCCUCCUGGUGCUUUUUAUCAAUGUUCAGUAUUCAAUCCAGCUACAAGCUUCUCAAUUCUCUUCCAUUCUAAGAAUCCACCAGAUUCUGAACUACUCAUCACCUCUAACCACAGAUUUUUGCAACACUGAACCAUCUCCUUCUCUGACAUUGGUCUGCUACCAAGAUGACAUAACCCAGCUGCAUAUAGGAGGCACUGAUAAGCCUCCCUCCUUGCCUGAAGAUGCAUCUACUGAGUUUUUUCUUGACACUAUUGUUAGUCUGUCAAGUUUAAAGGUCCUGUCUUUGGUUUCUCUGGGUUUAGAGGGACCAUUGCCUUCCAGUAUUGCUCAGUUAUCUUCCCUGGAAAUACUGAAUGUAAGUUCUAACCACUUCACAGGCCCUAUUCCAGUUCAGCUUUCAUCUUUGAAGAACCUGCAGACACUAAUACUUGAUUACAACAACUUCACUGGUCAAGUUCCUGCUUGGCUUGGCUCACUCUCAGUUUUGACUGUUUUGAGUUUGAAGAGCAAUUCAGUUACUGGGUUUCUCCCAAAUUCUAUAAAAAGUCUGGAAAAUCUAAGAAUUCUUGCUCUUUCAGGGAAUCAGUUGUUUGGAGCAGUUCCUGAUCUUCACAACUUGACAAACCUUCAAGUUCUUGAUUUAGAAGGAAACAGAUUUGGACCCAGUUUUCCUAGUCUGCCUAAAAAGGUUCUCUCUCUUGUGCUCAGGAAUAACAAGUUUCAAUGUGGCAUCCCAGAUGAAUUAGUCUCCCAAUAUCAGCUUCAAAGGCUGGACAUCUCUUUGAAUGAAUUUGUAGGUCCAUUUUCCCCAUCAUUGUUGUCACUUCCUUCGCUAAAUUAUCUCGAUAUUGGAGGCAAUAAACUCACUGGAAUGCUAUUACAGAACAUUUCCUGCAGUACUGAUCUUGCUUUUGUCAAUUUAUCCUCAAAUCUCUUGACUGGAAAGUUGCCUACUUGCCUGGAAUCAACAACCAGUGACAGAGUUGUGCUUUAUGGUGGAAAUUGUUUGUCUGAUGAGGAUCAAGAGCAGAAUCCUUCUAGAUUAUGCCACAAUGAAGCACUGGCUGUUAAAAUCUUACCUCAUAAGCAGAAGCAAAGAAACCCUCAUGCUAAAGCACUUCUUGAUUCAAGUACAAUGGGAGGAAUCCUUGGUGGCAUCACAAUGCUUGGUCUGGUUUUCUUGUUUAUCAAGAAGGUGUAUAGUAAGAAUUCUGAGAAAUUACCUCAAGCAAGGUCAAUAGUGGAGAAUGUGUUCCCAGUUAAUGAAGUAAAACUGCUUUCUGAUGCAAGGUAUAUAUCAGAUACAAUGAAGCUGGGAGCUAGCCUUCCUGCCUAUCGAGCUUUCUCGGUUGAAGAGCUUAAGGAGGCUACCAACAACUUUGAUGCUUCAAGUUUCAUGAGUGAAGUUUCACAAAGUCAGUUGUACAGAGGAAAGCUCCCUGAUGAAACUCUUGUUGCAAUCAAAUGCCUAAAGCUGAGAAAAAAGCACAUCCUGCAAUCCUACACACAUCAUAUUGAACAGAUUUCGAAGCUCCGACACACCCAUUUAGCCAGUGCCCUUGGACACUGCUUGGAGGUCUGCCAGGAUGAUUCAAACUUUAUCAGAAUGUAUCUUAUAUGUCAGUUCGUUCCGAACGGAACUCUGAGAGACUGCAUAGCUGCAGGUUUAUCCAACCAGAAACUUAAUUGGAAACAAAGAAUAGGAGCUGCCAUUGGAGUUGCAAAGGGUAUACAGUUCCUGCACACAGGUAUUGUGCCUGGUGUAUUCUCAAACAAUCUGAAGAUAACAGAUGUUUCCAUGGACAAUGAUCUUCGUGUAAAGAUUAAUGGUUACAGCCUGACUUUACUAUCUGAAAAUAAGGAGUCGUUGGAAAUUGGCAUUGCUUCUCCUGGACCAAAAAGAGGCAUGCAUGUUGAACUAAGGCAGAAACAUCAGGACAGGGGAGAUGUCUAUGAUUUGGGAGUGAUCCUGCUUGAAAUCAUUGUGGGUAGGCCAAUAAUGUCCCAGAAUGAAGUCUCCAUCGCAAAAGAUCUUCUGAGAGUAAGCAUGGGACUUGAUGAUAAGGCCAGAAGAAGUAUUGCUGAUCCUGCAGUUCAGAAGGAGUCGUCGGAUGAAUCGCUAAAGACAAUGAUGGAUAUAUGCCUUCGAUGCCUCUCCGAUGAGCCAAGCGACCGGCCUUCAGUUGAAGAUGUGCUCUGGAACUUGCAAUAUGCAGCUCAAGUUCAAGAUCUAUCACAAGGAGGAUCCGACAGCAUUGUCUCCUCUUCUCAAGAGUUGUAACUUUCUAGGGAUUGAGAUGCAAGUUCAUAUAUUUCUAUCAAAGAAACAGAGGCAUAAUUUCCACUUUCAUCAAAAAACAACAUUGAAAAAGUAAGAUACAAGGCAUAAUUUGAUUCAUUUUCCUGUAAAGAUUGAUAAUUUACAUGGAGUCUGGGGGUUGAAAACGAUGCAAAAUACAAGCGUAUGAAUCUACCCUUUGGAUAGUAGACAACAAGGAAAAAUCCGGCAACCGAGAGCUGUACUCUAAAGAAGCCUAAAGAAUAUGAUAAUCUACAAAAAA